CUUGAAGAACAAAUAAUUUACACUUUAUCCCGUCUGAGACGCAUCGUCCCGCUCCUUGUCCAAAAAUCUGGAGAGAACCAUGCAGUUGCAAACUUCCCCAUUAGUAAUCUCUCAGUCACCAUUUUUCUCAGAUUUGUUUUCUUCUCCUCUUUGGCUAAUCCACCCCCCCCUUCUUUCUACAAUGAGUUCUAGGGACAAAGGAUCAUCAUCCUCGCCAGCAAUGGAUAAGGAAACCUAUGUGAAGAAUCGGAUACAAGAGCUUGUUCGUCUUAUCAAAGUUGCUCGUGUCUAUAGACAAGACAAUGUCCCUUCCCUAAUCCAAGAGGGUCUCUAUCUCGGAUCCUUUGCAGCAGCUUCCAACAAGAACGUAUUGAAGUCUUGCAACGUUACACAUAUCUUAACCGUAGCUAGCUCCUUGAGACCUGCCCACCCUGGCGAUUUUGUCUACAAGGUUGUUCCAGUUGUGGAUAAGGAAGACACAAAUUUGGAAAUAUACUUCGAUGAGUGUAUUGAUUUCAUUGAUGAAGCCAAAAAGCAAGGUGGUAGCGUUCUUGUCCAUUGCUUCGUUGGAAAGUCACGCAGUGUCACUGUAAUUGUUGCUUACCUCAUGAAGAAACACGGAAUGACUUUAACCCAAGCAUUGCAGCAUGUUCAGAGCAUUAGACCCGUGGCAAAUCCUAACACCGGUUUCAUCAGGCAAUUGCAGGACCUUGAAAAGUCUUUACAAGACCUCUAAAUUAGAGGUUCUUUACUUUGUCUGUCUGGGGCAAUAGUAAAUGAAUACCAUAACUCGUGGGACGGAAAGCAAAGUGUUGUGGAGGAACAAGACUGGUUCAUGUUAAUUAACUCUUACUUGCACCUUCCUCUCUCUCUCUAAAACAGGGAAGCAAGAACCACUUGCCCACUGUCAAGUUUGAAGACCCCACCAAGAUCAUACCUUUUGGAGGAAACUUGUAAAUCUCAAACGAAGCAUAUCAUAUGUUUUUGUUUUUUUUGUUUCUCCUUUAACAACUUUGACUAAAAAAAUGUAAACGAUUCUGUGAAGUUUCACUGUUUCAUGGAAGCAUAGCUAUACGGCGAACUAAAAGCAGAAGAUAACACAAUCAUAUACAUCUUCAUAUUA